UGCAUUAGCCAUACUCUCGUUUGUUACGUCAGUCCUUGACACCUAUCAUCUCUUCGAUCUUGGUGAUCUACUACUCUAUGGCUUCUUUGUUCAUGCAGAUCAAAUUGAUGUCCGUGGCACUCAUCCUUCUCACCGUGUCUCUAACGUUUCUACUCCUCAAGUAUGGCAUUUUCUCGGGGCAGGAAUCCGGCAGAUGGGACGCCGUCCACCAUGACUGCAUCGACUCGCCGUUCUUAAAGACAAAUGCUACCGCAACACAUGCAGCAGUAGUGGCUGCAAUGGAGACGAUGAAGAAUAAAAAGAUUGGUCUGGUGAACUUGGAAUCUGACCGGUUAAGGAAUUGGGACGAGCUGGAUUAUGUGGAAGAAAUACAGUUCAAAAGGGUCGAUCCCAACAUCACAUGGGAGCACCUCUUCCCAGCUUGGGUAGACGAGGACGAGGAGGUCAGCACGCCGGAAUGUCCAGAAAUUCAGAUGCCGGAAGAGGAAGAUGGCGACGGUGGUGGGUACGGAAUGGUGGUGGCCAGACUGCCGUGUGGGCAUAAAUCAGAGAGAUGGAAGAGGGACGUGUUCAGGUUGCAGGUGCAUCUGGUGGUGGCGAAGCUGGCUUCUUAUAGCCCCCAGGGAGUGUUGGUGGUCUUACUGAGCGCUUGCCGGCCGAUGGUGGAACUCUUUAGGUGCGAAGACUUGGUGAACCGAUGGGGAGAUGCGUGGGUGUUCCGGCCGGACGUGCAGAAACUGAGAGAGAAGCUGGCCUUGCCGGUUGGCUCCUGCAGAUUGGUGUUGCCAUUGUUGAAGAAGAAAGCCCAAGGGAGAGAGAUAGUAGACUAUGACUUUUCCAAGCUAGACUACCUGCACCAAGAAAAGAAGAUACAGAAUACCAGUUCUUCCCUUUCUCCCACUCGUGAGGCCUACGCCACAGUCAUACACUCAUCAGACUCCUACGUCUGCGGCGCGAUCGCCUUGGCUCGCAGCUUAAUCCACACCGGCACAACAAGGGAUCUUGUCCUUCUCCUCCACAUCAACGGUGACAAGGACGGCGCCUACCACAGACGGAAGAUGGCUCUCAUGGAGGCUGGUUGGAAGAUUCAAGAGAUCGAGAGAAUAAGGAACCCCAAGGCCAAGAAGGGUGCUUACAAUGAGUGGAACUACACCAAGCUCCGCCUCUGGCAGAUCACCGGCUACCACAAGAUCAUAUACCUCGAUUCCGACCUCAUCGUCCUCAAGAACAUUGAUAGAUUCUUUGGCUUCCCCCAGCUCUCUGCGGCCGCGAACUCCCGCAGCAUCUUCAAUUCUGGUUUCAUGGUGAUCGAGCCAUCGCAGUGCACCUUCAAGAUCCUGAUGGAGCUGAUCCCUGUAGUAAGGUCUUCCAAUGGCGGCGACCAAGGGUUCUUGAACGAAGUCUUCACAUGGUGGCACAGGCUGCCAAAGAGAGUGAACAUGCUCAAGAUCUUUGGAUCUCCGGUACGGGUGGCCAACAACACAAGGAUCAUGGGAUCUGAACCGCCGGAGCUGUACGGGCUGCACUACUUGGGAAUAAAACCAUGGCAGUGCUAUAGGGACUAUGACUGCAACUGGAAUGUGGAGAACCAGAGGUUGUUUGCCAACGAUGUGGCCCAUGCGAGGUGGUGGAAGCUGUACGACCUCCUCAUCCCCAUGAGUUUGCAGCCGUUCUGCUUGCUCUCUGAGCGCCGGAAGGUUGGGCUUCAGAGGGAGAUCGAGGAGGCACAGACGAUUGGCUACCCUGAUCAGCAUUGGCUAAGGGCCAUCAAAGAUACCCGGCAACCCUGACUGCUUCUGGAGUAUGUAACCACUUGGUGCCUUCUGCAAGCUGAUCAUAUGGCUGGUCAUGACAAUGUCCAUAAAAUUUUCCUUUUUGUUCUUUGAGUUUCACAUUAAUAGUAAAGAUGCUGAUUGACACAAAGGGGGCUUGGACGAGUGGGGCAUGACAUUUCUGCUAGAUGGGCAGCCAUGGAUUUACUACCGUGGACUCUCACUAGUUCUUCAGCCAAGUGCAAUUGGUGUAUAUUCUGUGUAGUC